AUGUCCAAAAUUACAAAAGCCCCUCGUUACCAAUGCCGUACUUGCAAGUCGACCUUUAAUAACAGUCGAACAUAUAAAAGAUGUCUCGAACGAUGCAUGACAAAUAGGGCAGAAUUACUUGCCAAUGGCGAAGUUUCCCAAACUGUCUCUCUUCCUGAUCAAAGCCAGUUUACAUCAGCAAUGGUUCCUAACUUGGCUUUUGGAGAAAACAUCAACACAAGCAGUAGUGAGGAUAUGGAUAUCAUUGACAGUACUGAAGAUGAUGAGUCCAUGUACGAUUUUGGAGAAGAAUGCGAGAAUGUCAUUGACGAAAUUGAAGGCACCACACCCUCGCUAGUCUUUGAUUUUAGCCAGCCUCUUCCUGUUCCCAGCAACGAUGAUAAAAAGAAUCUCGCGUUCAUGCAGUUGAUCCAAGAGUUCGGAAUUUCUCGUCGAGCCCACGAAAAGAUUGUAGAACACUUCAACCAGAUCCUUGAUUGUUCUAUCAAUAUUACGUACCGAGCAUGCAGCCCACACCUUGGAAACAAGCUUCUUGAGCGCUUCUCGGAAGGCAUGGAAGUAAAGACACCGACGACAACGAUCAGGGCAAAGGUACAUGUCCUCAUGGCCACUGGCGAUAUUCCAGCUCUGGCAAAGCUGGCAUGCCAUGUUGGCCACACGAGUAAGAAUGGCUGUCGUAUUUGUCACGUAGUGGGCCAAACUCCUAAACAUGGCCAGUACUUCCGCAUGUUGCCUGGAACCCAGACGCGCUCACUGGAGAGUUUCAGAAACUACAAUCUGGCAAGCAGUGAAGACAGAAAGGGGCUCAAUGGUCAGUCACCGUUAGCCUCAAUGGAAACAUUCUCUGGCCCGUUUUUUUUCGCGUUAGACGAGAUGCAUGGUCUGUGCCACGGAAUCGGUAAACAGGUAUGGGGACUUGUACGCGGAAAGUAUGGAAUCAAGCAUCCUCUAUGUCUUUCUCUUGCCACUCAAAGGGAGAUUGGUGCUGCAAUGGUAGCCGCAAAAUCCACAAUCCCUACAUCGUUGCAUGGUGCCUGGAGAGACGUGACAAAGAAUGCCGGUUUCUUUAGAGCUGUGGAUUGGGCAGACUUUUUACUCUUUGUUGUCCCCACGUUGGUUGCAGAGCGUGUCCAGGACUUGGUUGCCCGAAAUGCAUUACUUGGCCUGGUUCAAACAUGCAAUUUACUCAUGAGCUGGGAGUUAUCAGCAGAGGAUCAAACCUCGAUAAGAAGUAAUCUUGUAGAAUGGAACUUAUUCCUAGAGAGUCUUCUUUCUACAGCAGAUAUUGACAUUGGCGUGUUCACAAUUAACCAGCACAUUAUUCAGCAUUAUCCUCAGAUGAUUGAUCUAUAUGGCCCGCCAAGAGCAUAUAGCACACGAUCCGUGGAAAGAGCCAUUGGUGAGUACUCCAGGUCCAUCAAGAGUAACUCCCAAGUCAGUGUCAAUGCUGGAAACAUCAUGAUCAGACUGGCGCAAUCCCGGCGUGUAGCGGAACUGACAACCGUUGCAAACACAAAAACUCCACCAGCUAACCUUCUAGUUUACAGUGCAUAUACCGAUGGGUGGCCUGUUACAGAAGGAGGUGAUCCUGCCAAUGCUGAGUGUGAGAUUGAGUUCUGGGGGCCUUUGAAGAAUUUAACAAUUUUCGAUAGCUUUGAAGAUAGAUCUCAUCUUUCAUUGCUUCUUAAAACGUUUUAUGAUUUGAAGGGGGAAGAAUUUAGUAUGCUUGAGCCUUCCAUAAAGACAAGCCGCAAGGCCUAUCUUAAUGGUUGUGUUAUUGACGCUGCAUUCAACCAAAGUUCUACAAGAGAGGCAUGUCAUGUUCAUGUGCAGCUACAAGUGGACAUGAACUCCAGAAGAUCCCGCUCUUACCGUCCAGGAUAUAAGCAUUUCUUCGGAAAGGUGGUUAUAUUCUUCCAACAUGUACACAACUCGAAGAGAUGGCCACUAGCUCUCAUAACCAUAUAUAGUGUGCAUUUGAAAAAUGGAUUGCCUAUUACAUCUGUAGUAAAGCCGAAGACUAUAGUGAUUCAUGCCAGUGACAUUGUAGAGUUGGUUGGCUUGGUGCCAUCAAAUGUCAAUGGUAGCCAUUACAUCAUUUGGCCUAGCCUUAAACGUGGCCCAAAAUUGACACUUGGUGCCUUAAGUGAUAUAUAA